CGCUCCAGAAGCCCGACCCUCAGGUCCAGGGCUGGGCGUUACUUCCAGCCUCUGGGGCAGAGGCACAGCCUUCCACAUCACCCCUCUUCUCCAGGGAGAGGCCAUGACCACCCGCAUCACCGUCAUGGCUCUUCAACUCACUCAUGGGAAAAGUACAGGCUUAGUGAUCUGGCGGAUGAGAGCGGCGGCAGGUGCGAGGAGUAGAGAGCAUUGAGCAUUUGAAGUUUUGACUCCAACCUUGGCCACCUAUCGACUUGGCACCUGUGUCUGCCUUCGCGUGGGGGCCAGAGCCACAAAGUGAUUGGGUGGUGGGACGACGUCCCUAAGCCCUCAUGCAUAGAACAGUGUCUCUUCCAAAAGUUUGGUGCCGGUGGGGACCCUAGACGGUCGGGGCCGCGGGGACAUGGAGCCCUCUCCCGCCACCGGAGGCUCGGAGACCACCCGCCUCGUGAGUCCCCGGGACCGCAGCAGUGCCGGCGGCGGCCUGAGAUUGAAGAGUCUUUUUGCAGAGCCCUCAGAGCCGCUCCCUGAGGAGCCCAAGCUUGAGGGAAUGGCCUUCCACCACUGCCAUAAGGACCCCGUGCCGCAGGCAGGCCUCUCUCCAGAGCGGCUGCAAGCCCGGAGGCAGCUGUGUGCCGCCUGUGCUGUGUGCUUCAUCUUCAUGGCUGGGGAGGUGGUUGGUGGGUAUUUGGCACAUAGCUUGGCCAUUAUGACCGAUGCUGCACACUUGCUGGCAGAUGUAGGCAGCAUGAUGGGCAGCCUCUUCUCUCUUUGGCUCUCUACUCGGCCAGCCACCCGAACCAUGACCUUUGGCUGGCACCGCUCAGAGACUCUGGGGGCUUUGGCCUCUGUGGUCUCUCUCUGGAUGGUCACUGGCGUCCUGCUGUACCUGGCCUUCAUCCGCCUGCUGCACAGUGACUACCACAUCGAGGGGGGUGCCAUGCUGCUCACCGCCAGCAUCGCCGUCUGUGCCAAUAUGCUAAUGGCCUUUGUGCUGCACCAGGCUGGGCCCCCCCACAGCCAUGGAUCUAGGGGUGCAGAAUAUGCACCACUGGAGGAGGGGCAAGGAUACCCCUUGCCCCUGGGAAACACCAGUGUGCGGGCUGCCUUUGUGCAUGUGCUGGGAGAUCUCCUUCAGAGCCUGGGAGUCCUGGCUGCCUCCAUCCUCAUCUACUUCAAGCCUCAGUACAAGGCGGCUGAUCCCAUCAGUACUUUUCUCUUCUCGAUCUGUGCCCUUGGAUCCACAGCCCCGACCCUUCGAGAUGUUCUCCGAAUCCUCAUGGAAGGUGCCCCUCGAAGCGUGGGGUUUGAACCUGUAAGGGACACACUGCUGUCAGUGCCAGGAGUCCGAGCAACCCAUGAGCUCCACCUGUGGGCCCUGACGCUGACUUACCAUGUUGUCUCUGCACACCUGGCUAUCGACUCCACGGCUGACCCUGAAGCUGUCCUGGCUGAAGCCUCAUCCCGGCUCUAUUCCCGGUUUGGAUUCUCCAGCUGCACCCUGCAGGUGGAGCAAUACCAUCCUGAGAUGGCCCAGUGUCUGCGCUGCCAGGAGCCCCCCCAAGCCUGAGCCCCAGCCCCACCCUCACCCCACUGCCAGGCCCAGGCUCAGCCCUGGACUCUCAGCACCUGCCUCCCCAUCACAGAAGGGACCACCCUCUCUCCAUCUUCACCUGCCAAAUGCCCCAGUGGUCAAGACCAAAGCGUGUAUGAGGGGGUGGGGGGAAGUCAGACUGAAUAGCUGUAAGCAGUUUAGGGGUGUGGGGUGUGUGGAAGCCCACCAUUCCUGCUCCACAUGGCCUUGUCCUUUCUGUGCAAAUCACAUGUCCUUGUGGCAGGCUGGCUGGCUAGCUGGGAACAUCUGCCUGUCUGUGUGCUCUUUGUGUGCCUAUGCCUGGGGAGGUCAUCAGGGCCCCCUCCCCUCGUGAUCCUUGCUCUGUCUAUGCAGGGGCCCCAAAGCCUGCACUUUUGUUUGUGUGCUAGUCCUGUGUUUUGUCUGUUGUGUAUGUGUGUUCUUUGGUGCUGUGGCCUGUGUGUCUUUGUGCCUCUGUGGCUGUGCUGGUCCCUAUGAGUCUGCUGUACCUGUGUGUCCAUUUAGGGAUCUGUCUGUCCAUCCUUCUGUUGGUGCUGUGCCCUCAGCUUUCCCUAGGGAGAAGGAGGGAUCCACUGCAGCUCCGCCAAUAAACUUGUAUCCAACUGCA